AUGAAUGGGAAACGGCCAGCUGAGCCGGGCCCCGGCCGUGCGGGGAAAAAGGGAAAGAAGGAGGUGAUAGCGGAGUUUUCGGAUGCUGUCACGGAAGAUACCUUGAAAAAGCAGGUGUCUGAGGCCUGGAGCCGCAGGACGCCGUUCCGUCACGAGGCCAUUGUCAUGGACAUGGAACCCUUUCUUCACUGCGUGAUCCCAGACUUCAUCCAAAGCCAAAACUUUUUGGAAGGGCUUCAGAAGGAACUUUUGAACUUGGACUUCCAUGAAAAGUAUAACGAUUUAUAUAAGUUCCAGCAGUCUGAUGAUUUGAAGAAAAGAAGAGAGCCUCACAUCUGUGCUUUAAGGAAAGUUCUGUUUGAAGAUUUCCGGACUUGGCUUGCUGACAUUUCCAAGAUUGACCUGGAAUCAACUAUUGACAUGUCCUGUGCUAAAUAUGAAUUCUCUGAUGCCCUCCUCUGCCACGACGACGAGCUGGAAGGGCGCCGGAUCGCCUUCAUUCUUUACCUGGUUCCUCCCUGGGACAGGAGUUUGGGGGGCACCCUGGACCUGUACAAUGUUGAUGAACACUUUCAGCCGAAGCAGAUUGUCAAGUCUCUUAUCCCUUCAUGGAACACACUGGUUUUCUUUGAAGUGUCUCCAAUAUCCUUUCACCAGGUGUCUGAAGUCCUGUCUGAAGAAAAGUCACGUUUGUCUAUAAGCGGCUGGUUUCAUGGUCCUUCACUGACCAGACCCCCCAACUACUUUGAACCACUUGUACCUCGGAGCCCGCACAUCCCACAAGAUCAUGAAAUUUUAUAUGAUUGGAUCAACCCUACUUAUCUGGACAUGGAUUACCAAGUUCAAAUUCAAGAAGAGUUUGAAGAAAGGUCUGAAAUCCUCCUAAAGGAGUUCCUUAAGCCUGAGAAAUUUGCAGAGGUCUGUGAGGCUUUGGAGAAAGGAGAUGUGAAAUGGAGCAGCCGAGGUCCCCCUAACAAAAGGUUUUAUGAGAAAGCGGAGGAGAGCAAGCUUCCCAACAUCCUGAAGGACUGCAUGGAAUUAUUUCGCUCCGAGGCUCUGUUCUUGCUGCUCUCCAACUUCACAGGCCUGAAACUCCACUUCUUGGCCCCUUCAGAGGAAGAUGAGGUGGAGGACAAAAAGGAGGGCGAAGGCACCUCUGCAGCUGAUCACACUGAAGAAGGGACUAGCCAUAGCUCCCCUGGGCCCCAGAGCCCUCAGACAGCCGUCAGCCACAGCAGCCAACAGAGCAGUGAACAGACAGACCCAGAGUCAGAGGAAAACGAAGCCAAGAGAGACUCAAGUGUUCCCACAUGCCAGGGGGAGUUGAGGCGUUGGAAGACUGGUCACUACACUUUGAUCCAUGACAACAGCAAGACUGAAUUUGCCCUGGAUUUACUUCUCUACUGUGGCUGUGAAGGCUGGGAGCCAGAAUAUGGUGGCUUUACUUCCUACAUUGCCAAAGGUGAAGAUGAAGAGCUUCUAACAGUGAAUCCGGAAAACAACUCUUUGGCACUGGUCUACAGAGAUAGAGAGACUCUGAAAUUUGUCAAGCAUAUUAACCACCGAAGCCUAGAACAAAAGAAAGCCUUCCCAAAUAGAACAGGUUUCUGGGACUUCUCGUUUGUCUAUUACGAAUAA